CCUUUCUCCCUCCUCUCACUUUUCUUCAAUAGACCACUCCUCAUUCUCUCUCUGCAGUAACUCUUUCUCAAUCGAGCACUUUCACAGGGUUGUUGGCCCUAGGCUUCCAUGGCGGCCUCUGUCGAGAAUCGGCAGUUCAUUCGCCUGGAGUCAGGCCUUGGCAAAGUCCCCGGAAUUGGCUUUGUGAAGUCACCCCACUCCCGCCCUGACUCCCCCAUUCGCAACUCGUCGCGCUCUUUCACCUCCACCAGAUCCUCCUCUCUUCCUGCCACAAAACACCAGACUAUCGACCCUGACACUGAGUCGGAAUCCGAAGAUGAUGAGCUUGGGCCUCAAUGGCCCCCCUCAUCCGUAUCUGAGGCCCCAAUCCUUGACCCGCGUGAUGAAGGCACCGCUGACUCGUGGGUAAAGCGCCACCCCUCUCUGAUUCGACUCACUGGAAAGCACCCUUUCAACUGUGAACCCCCACUCCCGAAGCUGAUGCAGCAUGGGUUCAUCACCCCAGCACCCCUCCACUACGUCCGAAACCACGGGCCGGUUCCGAAGGGCACGUGGGACGAGUGGUCAGUGGAGGUGAGCGGACUGGUGAGCCGCCCUACCAAGCUCACCAUGGACCAGAUCGUCAAUGAUUUCGCACCCCACGAAUUCCCCGUCACUCUCGUAUGCGCCGGCAACCGGCGCAAGGAGCAGAACAUGGUUAAACAGACCGUCGGUUUCAAUUGGGGAGCAUCCGGCAUAUCAACAUCAGUAUGGCGAGGAGCUCAUCUGCGCGACGUGCUCAAACGAUGCGGUAUCAUGAGCCGAAAGUGCGGGGCGCUCUACGUCUAUUUCGAGGGGGCAGAGGAUUUACCUGGUGGUGGGGGAUCCAAGUAUGGAACCAGCUUGAGACGUGAGCUCGCCAUGGAUCCUGUGCGCGAUAUAAUAUUGGCAUAUAAGCAGAAUGGUGCGCCUUUGGCGCCGGACCACGGCUACCCGGUGCGCAUGAUCAUACCGGGUUUCAUCGGCGGGCGCAUGGUGAAGUGGCUGAGGCGCAUAGUGGUGACCGAGAAGGAGUCGGAAAACCACUAUCACUACAAGGAUAACAGGGUGUUGCCCUCACAUGUCGACGCCGAGCUCGCAAACGCCGAAGGGUGGUGGUACAAGCCGGAAUACAUAAUCAACGAGCUGAAUAUUAACUCCGUUAUAACGACACCGAGCCACGAGGAGAUACUGCCAAUCAACUCGGCCACCACGCAGAGGCCCUACACGAUGAGGGGAUACGCAUAUUCCGGUGGAGGCAAAAAGGUUACUAGAGUUGAGGUGACCACUGAUGGAGGUGAGACGUGGCUCUUGUGCAGUCUUGACCACCCUGAGAGGCCUAACCGCUAUGGCAAGUACUGGUGCUGGUGCUUUUGGUCCUUGGAGCUGGAAGUUUUGGACCUUCUAGCUACUAAAGAGAUUGCCGUGCGGGCUUGGGAUGAGACCCACAACACCCAGCCCGAGAAGCUCAAUUGGAACGUCAUGGGUAUGAUGAAUAACUGCUGGUUUAAGGUGAAAACCAACAUUUGCAGACCGCACAAGGGCGAGAUUGGUCUGGUGUUCGAGCACCCGACCCAGCCAGGCAGCCAGUCCGGUGGCUGGAUGGCGCGCCAAAAGCAUCUUGAGACGUUCGAGGAGGCCAAAACCCUGAAGAAGAGUGUCUCCUCCCCCUUCAUGAACACCGCAUCCAAGAGCCUCUCCAUGUCCGAGGUCCAGCGUCACUCCACCGCCGAGUCUGCCUGGAUUGUGGUCCACCGACACGUCUACGACUGCACCAAGUUCUUGAAGGACCAUCCCGGCGGUGCGGACAGUAUACUGAUAAAUGCAGGCACCGACUGCACUGAUGAAUUCGAUGCCAUCCACUCCGACAAGGCAAAGUCGAUGCUCGAGUCGUAUAGGAUUGGCGAGCUCAUCACCACGGGCUACGCCUCCUCCUCAUCCGCCGACAAUUCACCAAACACUUCAGUGCAUGGUGCUUCAAAUUUCUCCCACUUGGCCACCAUUAGUGAAAGCUCUGUUUCUAGGCCUGUGGCCUUAGUCCCGAGGGCCAAGACACCAUGCACAUUGACAUCGAAGAUCAUUCUUUCAGACGACUCCCGCUUGUUUAGGUUCAGCCUCCCCACCCCUGAUCAUGUUUUGGGCUUACCCACCGGCAAGCACUUGAUGGUAUCAGCAAAGAUCGAGGGGAAACUCUGUAUCCGAUCUUACACACCGACGAGCCCACCUGACCAGGUCGGCUCGUUCGAUCUCCUGAUCAAGGUCUACUUCAAGGGAGUGCACCCCAAUUUCCCGAAUGGCGGGCUCAUGUCACAGUACCUCGAGUCGCUUCCCCUUGGCUCCAUCGUCGAUAUCAAGGGGCCCGUCGGCCACAUUGAGUACACAGGGAGAGGAGGGUUCACAGUUGGGGGCAAACACAGGCAAGCCAAGAGGCUCACCAUGUUAGCUGGUGGGACUGGGAUCACACCUAUAUACCAAGUUAUGCAGGCCAUUCUCAAGGACCCGGAGGACCACACUGAGAUGCACCUGGUGUAUGCGAAUCGCAGAGAAGAAGACAUACUGCUGAGAACUGAGAUCGAUAAGUGGGCGAGAGAGGAUUCGAGACUCAAGGUCUGGUACGUGUUGAGUAAUCCUAAGGACCACGGUUGGAGUUACAGUGUUGGGUACAUAACUGAGGGGAUUUUGAGGGAGCAUAUUCCUGGUGGAUCAGAUGAUACUCUCGCUCUGAUAUGUGGUCCUUCUCCUAUGAUCCAGUUUGCUGUAUUGCCUAAUCUCGAGAAGAUGGAUUAUGAUGUGAAGAACUCGUGCUUACUGUUCUAGUUCAAGCAAACGUGUCUUUCCCUCUCUAUACUUACUCUCUCUAAAAACUCAUUCUCUUUCUCUUCACUGUAUAUACUGCGGUUCCUGCAUUAUUUUUCUUUUGUGUAAAUAAGAUCGGUACAGGAGCGGGCUGGGUAGUGUAGAGGCACGAUCGUGCCUAUUAUUCUUUCUCUAAUGAAGCCAUUGAUUUUGUCCACUUUAUUGCUAUUGUAAAUUAUAUAAUAAACAAGCUACAAUGGCACUUUGUGGGGUUGGUAAUGGGCCGGGCCACUGGUACAGUACCUGCAAUUAUUCUAUGGAGAUGAUUCUCUUUGGGGUAAUGGCAUCUCUUCCUUUUUCAGUA